CCAGCCACGCUGGCGGUGGCGGGCGCGUGCAUGGUGCUGGCGGCGUGCUCCGCCGUCGUGGGUUUGGUGAUGGGGCUGAGGAUUCUGUGCCACGAGGGUGACUCGCGGGGCCAGACUAUGAGCGGCACCUUCUUCCUCUGCGGGCUGCUGCUGCUGAUCGCCCUGACAGGCUACACCGUCAAGAACGCGUGGAAAAACGACGUCUUCUUCUCAUGGUCCUAUUUUUCGGGGUGGCUGGCUUUACCCUUCUCUAUCCUCGCGGGCUUCUGCUUUCUGCUGGCGGACAUGAUCGUGCAGAGCACGGACGCCAUCAGCGGAUUCCCCGUGUGCUUGUGA